AUGAUAUCGAAUCGUCUAACUCUGUCAAUUGACGCAUUACCCGUGGAGAUUCUUCACAUUAUCUUCGAUAAUCUCGAUGCUCAGACAAUUUUCUUCUCGAUUCGAUCACUAUCACGAUUUUUUCGCUCGGUUGUUCAUUCUUAUAAUCGCUACGCGUUAAAUUUGAGCUUCAUUUCCAAAUCUAAUUAUCAACAGCUAUGUCGAUGCAUUCCUCCAGAAAGUAUUUAUUCACUAACACUUUCCAAUGAUCAUCGUCGCUUAAAUCAAAUCAAUGUGCUUAUAUCACUUCUUAAUCUUUCACAAGCAUCUCGACUUCACUCAUUGAAACUUCUUGAUAUCUCUGAACAACAACUCAAUUGGAUUUUACAAUCCAUCGAUCUCAAAAUACUAGUUUACCUUUCAUGUCGUUUGAGAAAAUCUAGUAAACACUGUGCAGAGGUAACUAACGUACCGCCUACAUUAACUGUCUUACAAACAUCGCUUACGCAUCUAGAAUUUAAAGCAUCUUUAACAGCCAUGCAAUCAGACGGUGUGUUGUCAACUGGUGAUACCGCUGCCCUAAUUAUGUUCGAAGAUCGCAUGCGUAUCGAUGCUCUUUGCCAAUUGGUACAAUGUUCUCCGUAUUUGUGCUCCCUAAAUAUUACCGAUGUUCCAUUCGGAACUGUGAAUCAUGCACGUUUCAGAUCGUUUUCGCAACUGAAAUCGUUAACAUUUACUGAUCUAUCGGUUGAUAUCAAUGACUUGGAAUCAUUCCUUGCACUCACUCCAGCUCUCGUGUAUCUCAAACUAAUCGGCGGAAGACGUAUGCUAAAUGGAAAGCGAUGGGAAGAAUUCAUUCAAGUCAAUCUACCACAUUUAGAAAACUUUCGAUUUUAUUUUCGCGAAGCAAGAUCGAGAGAAUCUACAUCACAAGAUUUGGAAAAUACGCUUAACCUAUUUAAAUCACCUUUCUGGACAGAAUACAAAAAAUGGUUCGUUGCUUGCCAAAAUUUGUGUCGAUAUCAGGCAUUUAUUUCUAUUUGCGUCUAUUCAAUUCCAAUUUGUAUAUCUCAUGUGGAUGACUGUAAAUCAACACUUGCAAUAGAACCACUAAUUACUUCAAGUCGUGAUAUGCUCACAAUGCAUAGUAUCCGAUCGAUGGCUUUGACUAUAGAUAGAACAACAGUGUGCAAUUUACAAAAACAAAGCUUACUGAUCGAUCGUCCAUUAUUUCGUAAUGUUACUGAUAUUGAGUUGGAGUUCUCUAACGAUGAGUCUAAUGUGUCACUAAAUUCACUUUCGGAGUUCAUCGAUCUUUCUCGAUUAGUACACGUGAAAAUUUCGAAUAGCUAUUCGCAUAAAAUAACUAACCAUUUACUAGCGGAUAUUAAGCAUUUCCUUAGAGCACUACCAAAUCUUACUUCGCUGUUGAUUCACAGCGAUUUCUACUUAAACAAACCAUUUCUUACGAUAGAAGAGGUUCUCGCAAUUAUUCCAUCUCACGUCCAAUAUUUACAAAUCCCAAUCGAUCAAAUCGACCAAAUCGAUAUGGUUUGGCAAACAUGUCAAAACCUGUCAAUCAUCGAAUUGCAAGUCAAUAAGUACACAUUGCUAUCUGCAAUCAUCAAAUGGUUUGACAAGAAUAGCGUUAAUACAAUAUGUAGAUAUGAUCGUAUGGCCGUGGUCGUAUGGUUGGGAAAGCGUAUUUCCCCAUCGAGUGAAUCAGAUCACAGAAGGAAACGAAUAAAAUUGCUCAGCAGUUCAGAGAAAAUCUAG